GGGCUCCAAGCUUUCGAUCCUACACCAGCAAAUCUGAAUCUGAAAUCUGAAUUGUACCUACUGUAUGUUGAAGAGUUUUUGAAAGGUGUGCUACCGCUUUGGGUGACCCUGUCGAAUGAGUGUUCAAAGGACAUAAUAAUGGACAUGCAGUUAUUACAAAUCUGCUGAUAAUGGAGUCUAAAGUGGCCGAAAUUGCGAAAAAAUUAUCUUUACCCCAGUCAAUAUUCAUUGACCAGUCAACGUGUCAGCAAUUAGCAAAGGAGUAUUGGAUUGAGAAAUGUUCUUCGCAUCCUGAAUACGAACUUCUUAAACCAUCUGAAAAUGAACCGUUGCGUUCUAUCACUUCAUUUUCGUCUGAUGUACUACGAGAAUGUUAUCAAUUGAUGGCUGAAUGGAGAUCGGAAGCUCGUAAACGUGUAGCGUGUAUGAGUGACGAAGAAAGACAGAAUAUCCUAGCUUCAGUUGGUAUUCAAGCAUUUUCAGAGGAUAAAUUAUCUUCGAGGUAUGAAAAUAAUUAUACUGGUCAUCAUGCUGAGAAUUCAUCGCAUAAAACCUCUAAUAAUUCUGCGUCAGGGAAAAUCUCCAACUUUUCUAGUUUACAAAAACGAAAAUCAAGCCAGCUAGUUCGAGGUGCUCGUUUGUCAAAGUUUGGUCGUCUAUCCACUUAUCCUUCAAAUUCACUUUCGCCACGGAAGUAUCACAAUAAACCAGUCGGGAAAAGACAUGAUCUAAGCAAGAUGUCGUUUGUUGAUGAGAAGUUAAAAAUGCACAUUCAUAAUGACACUACACCACAAUACAUCGAUGAUGAAGAAGAAGUGGAUGAUGAUGAUGAUGAUGACGACGACGAUGACGAUGAUGACGAGGAGGAGGAGGAGGAGGAAGAAGAAGACCAACUAACCGCUAUUAUCUCUCGUCAACGUGAAGCAUUUUCAGCACGUGUAGCUGCCGGUCGUCCAAGUAUCCGUGAAAUGAAAUCAAAUCCUCAAAAGAAACCUAUUAGUCCUCAGUUCACCACUACCGGUUCUAGUCUGCCAGCGGCUAGACGACUUUCUGCUAAGGUGUUACGUGCUUGGAAAUCUCUAGCUAAAAAGGAAGUAUGCAAGUGGGCAAGACAACGUAUUGCUAUUCGUCGAGAUAAAAUAGCAAUGGCUAAGCGUGCUGCCCGGGAAUGUGCACGUUUACUACGUCAAAAGGCAUUGUUAUCUCAAAAAGCUUCUAAAGAUUCAAUAAGUCGUGGACACCGUUUGUCACGUGAAAUUGCAGUGAAUUGGCGCAGCUCUGCGUCUAGUAUAGCCAAUGGUUCUGGUCCCUUGACAAUUAAUGGUAUAACUAUGCCAUCCAGUUCCAACACUACUCAUUCAUCCUCAUGUAUGAAUUUACCUGAAUAUUAUACUUCAGUCAGUUCGGAAGGUGGAGGAGCUAUGGAUCUCAAUGCAUCUGUAACAAUGAUGGAGUCCAGUACAGCUGCACGUCGUCGAGCAGAGAAAGCUGCAGCUGAACAACGUAAAGCUGACUUAGAACUUUUAGAGGCAAGAAGACAACAAAGAAAAUUGAAUUUUUUAAUUACUCAAACAGAAUUGUACGCUCAUUUUAUGGCUAAAAAAAUGGCAGAUGUAAAUAUUGAUAAUGGUAAAUUUGAAGGUGAUUCUGAAAAUCCUGAAGCACUAUCGAAUAAUGCUAGCCAAGAGGACGGUCUACCAGAAGAAGAAGAAGAAGAAGAAGCUCGUAGAAUCUUACGUCGACUUGAAGAAGUCGAUGAUGACUCUGUAGAAACAAAAACAAAUGAUGAUGGGACUGACACGGGAUCCGAUAUCUCUGCACCAAUGGAUUCUAUUCAAAAUGACCAAGAUUGUUCUAGUACAAUAACUGGAUCUCAAAUGAAAAAGUCAUAUAGUUCAAUAGCUGUAGCCGCAAAAGCUGCAGCCAGUCGAUUAGGCAUUAAUGUUGAAGAAGAGUAUGAUAUUGAACGAGUGAAAUCUGAAGCUUUAAUGAAGGUCAAAGCGGCUGUUACCACUGAACGUAAUCGUGUGUCACAAUUUCAUCCAUUGCCACCAACCAAUCAAAAUCUGAACACUUCAGCUACUAAUCCUGCUGCUGCUACUACAACUACUACUAUUACAACUAGUACAGACGCUAAUACAACAACUGUACAGGUUGAAGCACCGAAAUUAUUCAAAGGUCAACUUAAAGCUUAUCAAAUACGUGGUUUAAAUUGGCUUCUUGGUUUAUUCGAUCAAGGCAUUAAUGGAAUAUUAGCCGAUGAAAUGGGUUUAGGCAAAACCAUACAAACUAUUGCAUUUUUUGGUUGUUUGGCUGAGAACUACAAUAUUUGGGGUCCAUUUUUAAUUGUUACACCAUCUUCCACUCUGCAUAACUGGACACAGGAAUUUGCAAAAUUUCUUCCAGAAUUUCGUUUAGUCCCCUAUUGGGGUACACCAACAGAACGUAAAGUUCUACGUCGAUUUUGGUCGUCUAAACGAUCUUCAAACUCUGAUGAAGGCUUUAAUGAAUCUAGUGAUAUAAAUUUUGGACACGUUGGCGUUAAAGAUUCCCAGCUUCAUGUUGUAGUCACAAGUUAUCAAGUGGUUUUACAAGAUGCAAAAUUCAUUAAUAAAACUGCAUGGUCGUAUAUUGUCUUAGAUGAAGCACAUGCUAUUAAAAGUACAUCAAGCUUACGAUGGAAAAUUCUGCUGUCUUUUAAAUGCCGAAAUCGUCUCCUACUAACAGGAACCCCGAUUCAAAAUACAAUGCAAGAGCUAUGGGCAUUGUUACAUUUUAUUAUGCCAACUUUAUUUGAUUCACACGAUGAAUUCGCCAAUUGGUUUUCACGUGAUAUUGAAUCACAAGCUAGUGCAACGGCUAGAACAGGUGUUACCGGUGGUGGUGGGGGUAGUGGCGCUUUGAUAACAUCAAAGUUGAAUGAAAAUCAAUUAUCUCGACUACAUUUAAUUUUAAAGCCAUUUAUGCUGCGUAGAACAAAAACUGAAGUUGAACAUGAAAUAUCUACGAAGACAGAAAUCAUGUUAUAUUGUCCUUUAAGUUGUCGACAACAAAUACUAUACGAAAGAUUACGUAAUAAAAUUCGUCUGGAAGAUUUAAGUUCAAUCAUGUCAUCGGAUGCUUAUUCCAACACUUCUACUAUGGACAGUUUGAAUUCGUCAUCAUCGUCAGCGACAGCGCAUUUAAUUAAUUUAGUUAUGCAAUUAAGAAAAGUCUGUAAUCAUCCUGAUUUAUGGGAACGUCGUGAUGUUAAUUUCUCAUGUAUUGCUGGACAAAUAGAACCGAACAGUUGUCAGAAUUUAUACAAUUCAGAAAUUAAAUACUGUAACAGUAACACUACCGGUAUCUAUAAUAAUUGUAAUCGUUGUACAGAUUGGAGAUUACCAAAUUUAUUAUAUGAAGAAGAUACUUUGUCAGCAUUUAGUUGGAGACGUAGAAGUUUAUCUCAUCUCUAUUCGAAUUGGCCAAUAUCAUUAGAGUUUUAUUCACAUGAUUUACUUAUCCCAUUGACAAAAUAUUUUUGUCUACAUCAUCCAUAUUAUAUUCAAGAAGAUUUAUGGCAUCAUGAUGCUGAAGAACCGGAUUUAGGACCAGCCUGUUUGGAUAAGCUAAAAAGUAAUUGUACAAAAUUUGUGCCUAAAUGUUUUUCAUUCGCUCGUUUAUUGGGUUUAUCCGUCGGUGAAUAUGUGAAAAUGAUUCAAACCGGUGGUGGUUGCCUCUUGUUUCCUGAAAGUGAAUCUACUUUUGAACGAGAAUGGAUUAAUUGUUCAGAAAAUAUCAUCUUAAGAAAUUAUUUCAAUGAAGUGGAAAAUACGCAAAAUGCAAAAAUAUCAACUAUCCUAAGAUUGAAUCCAUUUUUUCCAAUGAGUUCUACGCAUACAUCGUCUAAUUCUAUAGCUCAAUUACGCCAUCUUCAUGGACUUCUUCUGCAUCCAAUUGUUUGUGAAUCUUCCCUGUUUGAAUCUCAUGUACCAUCAGUUUUUAUCAGUUCACCAGGCGAAAGACCGUUUAUUCCAAAUUUCACUACAUUGGCAACAAUUCAAAAGGUAUUAAUUAAUCCAAUAACUCCAUUUAUAAAUACUACUAAUUUUAAUACAUCUCAUAUACAAUCUAUAGCAAAUUGUCCUGUACAAAAAUUGAAUUUAAUUACACCUUUACCAAGAAGUUUAGAGCUUGUAUCACGUACUACACGAAUAUCAGAUUCUGGUAAAUUGACUGCAUUAGAUAAUCUACUUACUGAACUCAAAUCAAAUGGACAUCGUGUAUUAAUCUAUUCACAAAUGACACGUAUGAUUGAUAUUCUUGAGGAGUUUAUGUUAUAUCGUAAGCAUGCUUAUCUACGUUUGGAUGGUUCAUCACGUUUAUCUGAUCGUCGUGAUAUGGUCGCCCAAUGGCAGACAAAUCCACAUUGGUUUGUCUUCUUAUUAUCAACACGUGCUGGUGGUCUUGGCAUUAAUUUAACCGCUGCUGAUACAGUUAUAUUUUAUGAUUCUGACUGGAAUCCAACUGUAGACCAACAAGCAAUGGAUCGAGCACAUCGGCUAGGUCAAACAAAACCCGUUACUGUGUACAGACUUAUCUGUAAGAAUACCGUGGAAGGUCGUAUGCUUCUGCGUGCUGAAGAGAAACGUGCUAUGCAACAAAUGGUAAUUCAAUCAGGUCAAGGAGGAUUAGGCAAUUUGUUGCCUAGUGUUACAAAUCGAUCCGGUUCAACAGAUCACAUGACUUCAUCAGAUAUGGUUUCUUUAUUAUUAGAUGAUGAUGAAUUAGUAAAACGACUUCAGGUACGUAAACGACUUCAACCUCAACGUGGUCGUCCAGCUAAAAGUAAACCAACUAGUCGUCUAAUCAUUUCUACAACUGUUCCGUCAACAUCUACACAUGGAAAUACUUCAAAUACGGAUACAAAGACAUGCGCCACUGGACAACUAUCAGGUGGAAAUAUUAACUCUACAGAAUUAAAUUUAAGCUUUCAAAGAAAUUCAGAUAUUAUUGUCGGUAGUGUUGGUGAGAAUUUACUUGAAAGAAAACGUCAAGCAGCUUGGGCAGAACAAGCUCGAAGUGGUCGUGUGAAAAGAAUACGUCCGCUGAAAGCAAUAGGACCGGCUGCUAUUGUUUCAUCAAAUGAUUCUGGAUCAAAUGCUACGCCCAGUAGUAGUAAUAAUAAUAAUAAUAAUUUAGCAUAGACAGUAGUUGUCACAGUGAUCUUUUAUUUUAUCAAUUUAUUAUUAUUAUUACCAUUAUUUUUACAUUUGUUUCUUACUAUUUCUGUGGAUUUUUACUUCUGAGAUUCUGCCAUUUUAUCACAGUACUUUUGUUACAUGCAUUUGUUGUGUUUUGUGUACAAAUACAAAGAUAUACUACACAAAAUUAUAAAUAAAAUUGUACAUAUUUGGGUUUUCUAGCCUUUUAAAUCGUCGAAUAUACACACUAGAUCAGAAAAAAAAUGUUUUUGUUUUAAAGUUGCAGUAAAGAGACUUUUCUGUUGUACGAAAUCAUCAAUUGUACAGCUGUACAUUCAUUCGUGUGUUUAUUUAUGGUGAAUGAGUGAGAAAAUUAUUUCAAGAAUUAUUUCCGGUCAAAGAUGCGAUCAAUAAAAUUACAAGGUGUAAUAAACAGGAAAAUCGGAUAAAAAAGCAACCAGUAGAAUGAUAAUUACUCAGAAACUUGACUCUUCAUGCAUUUGGGGUUUAAAAAGGUAGUUAGUGAUAACAAACAAAGUGGACAUGAAGUCUGGAUAAAAACAUAGUAAUGCAGAUAGGAAUUUUUAAAGUAAAAAGUAAAAAUAACAGAAGUGAACAGAAAGACUGAAUAAGAAAGACGACAGGAUAAUCAUUAUUGAGAGGAAUGGCUUCUUAUGAUGGCCAUACUAGUGACAACGAUUAUGCAUGUUGCUUUUGAGCACAUAGUGUGGGCUUAAAUUUUGGAAUUUCUAGUGCCUCAGCCAUUUCAAGGUGCAUUGAGUUCACUGCUUUUGUGAGGUCUGAUUGGAUCUUCUAGAUGAAGGAAUCUCACCUACAUCCUCAUUUUGGAGGGACAUUUGAAAAAAGCAGUUAGGGAACCGAUGUAAACCAGGUAGCCGUCAUUCCCUGGUUUCCGUAUCCUCCCUCAGCAGUUCUCUCCAACAUCUUUACUAAAAUUUUCAGAUUACGAAGUGAGCUAAUGAUUUGGAACCUAAUCGUCCAAGUAGUCAAAUUCUCGUCAAGUUGCACUACCAUCCAAUAACAUAGAUGAGUAUUUAUCAUCAAACCUAGUUUGGUGAAUCCUAUAGAUCUCAUUAUAAACCUAUCUCGAAGUUUCUCAGUAAUCAGCAAUAAGUUAUGUAUCGUCUUUAUAUCUAUAGAAAACAACUCUCCAUUCCCUGCUUGCCAAUCAUCUUGACUGUACUUCAAAAAUCCUGUAUAUCAAUUCGUCACUGAAAGUCUUCGCAAUUAUAUACCCCCAUACUAGAUAAGAUUGUGUUGGCGAUAGAAUACCCGUCAGCCAUGCAAGUCGU